AUGUCUCCAAAUACGAAGCUUGACGACGUUGACGUGAUCUUGACCCGUGGUGCUUUUCAAACUCUGCACAAGUUCGUCAAGAGUGGAUGCUCAACUGCAUUCAUCCUACAGAUGAACGUCAUCAACAAAACUCUGGUUCUCACAUACAGAGAAGAAAAGAACAAGCGAGCCAGCAGCAGGAAAAGCCCCAGCUGGGGCCACGCGUUCGAAGAGGGUUUCACUGCAUACGAUGACGAUCUCAAGGAAAGCCUCGCCCAUCACAGAGCCAUCAAAUAUCAGUUUGGCAGCCUCAAAGUUGCAGUUCUUCAUGAGGUAGACGCCUCAUACUCUGGAUCAUUCGGAUCGCCAGGGCCCGAGGAAUCUGCUGAAAGGAAGGCAAAGUAUUUGGAAAAGAGGAGCGGGGCCACCAAUCUUGGACAUUUGGUGAAGUCAAAUCAAGAUGUGGCAGUAAGACUUUUUGGGACUGGGACAGCAGCCGAGAACGUUGCGGAGAUGAAAGCGACGCAGAAGCCUUUGGCGUUGACUGGUGUCCCCAACGAGGCAAAGACCCAGUGUUGGUUUGGCAGGACCGGGACUCUCAUAUUUGGCAUACAUGAGAACGGCAUCUUCAAAAAACAUUCCGUCAGGCAGUUCGAGUUUGAGCCCUGGUGCCAGAACGCACAGGAACCCUUGCAGAAAGUCGUCUCCCUUUUCGAAAAGCUCCGUGAGCAGACCCGCCGCAUCGGCAACUGCGGCGUAGCGAUUCUCAACCCCAAAAGCUCCAGAACGCGACUGGAAAUUUGGACGCCUAUUCGAGCACUUGUCUUCAAGCCAGUUUCACCCGACACUAUGAGUUUCAAGGCAACCGAUGUCCUCAUUGUUGGGGCUGGGCCCGUCGGCCUGGUUACGGCCCUCGGUCUCGCGCAACAAGGCAUCGACACAGUUAUCAUUGAAAAGCGGGAGCUGGAGGUUCAGGAGUCCUUCGGUCGAGCCAUCACUCUCUUCCCCCGCACCCUCGAGCUCUUGGAGCAGGUGGGCGUGGCCGAAGACAUGGUUCAAGUGGGAAACGUCGCACGAGGAAUCGCCGCCUACCAGGAAGGUAAAAGAACGCCAGCCGUGGGCCAGCAGACGAUGUUCACCGCCAUGAACGGAACGUUUCACAACUACGUUCUCAACAUCCGACAGAAAAACUCCCAGGCGAUCUUUGCAGCCAAAUACAAGGCCGUUUCGGGAAACGAGGUCCAAUAUCAAUGGGAGCUCAUCGAUUAUCAAAUCGACCAAAGCCCUCAGGACGGUUACAAUAUCACAGCUGUCCUUCAACAUCCCCAGCACGGCAGAAGCUCGGUUAGGUGCAAGUACCUGGUCGGCGCCGACGGUGUACAGUCUCAAGUUCGACAACUUGCAAAUAUUGAAAUGGUCGGCGACGAAACAGCCUACGAAUGGGUCCGCUUCGACGGCCGUAUCAUGACCGACGUUCCCGACACUGAGCUUGGUUUUGUAACGAUCCAAAGUGCCGAGUAUGGCAAUGUCUUCUUGGUCAGACUCGAUAAGGAUGUGUUCCGCAUUGGAUACGUGUUCACCCCGGGGCUGAAGGCCAAGUAUCCCGACGGUCUUACCAAACAACAGGCUCUCGAGGAGGGACUCAAAUCCUUUCACCCCUUCAAAGUCGAGUUCGAGCGGCUCGACUGGUGGACCAUCUACACUAUCAGGCAAAAGGUGGCCGAGACCAUGAGCAAAGAUGAGUUCGUGUUCCUUGCGGGCGAUGCUGCCCACACCCACUCGUCCGGCUUUGGCCAGGGCAUGAACACCGGAGUCCAUGAUGCCAUCAACCUCUCCUGGAAGCUCGCCGGAGUUAUCAGGGGAUUGUAUCAACCAGGAGUCCUUGAUACCUAUUCUGAGGAGCGCCGUGCCGUCGCUCAGAAGGUCAUUGACAUUGACAAGACUCUGGCGGCGGUGAUGUCUGGCGACCUUCCCGAGACAUGGAACGGAUGUAGCGGCAAGCCUGAACACAGCAAGGUUCUGAGCGACUUGCUGACGUCGAACGCCAGCUUCAACAUCGGCUUCGGCGUCAGCUAUGGACCCUCCAUCAUCGUCGACAAGGCCUGCACCGGCAGUCUGGCCGUGGGUUACCGCACCCCUGACGUGCUACUCAAAUCGCCUGGUGCUUGCACUCCCAUCCGCCUGCAAAGCAUCAUCCACAAGAACACCGGGAAGUGGAACCUGCUCAUCUUCGCUGGUCGCCAUUUCCAACAGAGAGAAAAGCUGGCUGCACUGCGUGAGGCGCUGAAGUCUACGAAUUCUCUCACCAAACACGCUCAGACGUUGAGCCUCACGACCAUUGUGUCCGGUACUAUUUCCAACACAUGGGACGUUUUCGACGGGCUUCCCCCGAGCUUCGUCUACUGCGACGUUGACGGCCAAGGACACAACAGCUAUGGCAUGUCGGCCACAAGCGGCGGGCUUGUAGUACUUCGCCCAGAUGGCUUCUUGGCUGCUACUUACCCCAUCGAAGAUAUUCAGGAAGUCGCUGCUUUCUUGGACGGUUUCUGUUCUGACAACACCAAAGCACUCCCCAUCGUUUAA